CGAUAAAUGAUUGUGAAAACGACAACAAACAACAAAUAUCUGGGUAACAAAGCGGUCUUAACAAUGUAGACACAAACUCUUUAAUCAUGGCGGACACGCUGACCCAGUUUUUCACCUGGGCCGUGCGGGAUGUGAUCUUCUUCAGCGGGGACGUCCAGACGACGACAAUUGCCGUAGCGAUCACAAGCUCACUAUGCUGUUCAAUCGUUGUUGCUGUUGUCCACUUCAUCACACUGAUCAGACCACAAGAGGAUGCCAGGGCGAGAAUGAAACACAAGUUUCAGCGACAAGAAUCUAAGUCUUCGAUUAUUUCGAAGAGAUACUAUUCCCAGGAGUGGUUUUCCGGUGAAAGAGUUCAUGUUCCCUGUGUCAGAUGUGGUAACUACUACGCUGAUGAGGGCUGCCGAUUCGUCACAUGUCGCACGUGCUGUUUCUCCACAUUAGCAUGUCACGUGCACCAGAAGUCGACCACGUGCAGCACACCAUGUGAUAAUAGACACACACAGAUUGACCUGAGCUGUGGUGGUCUUCACUCGUGUCCCAGCAGACUGGGGUUUGUUGGUUCCCAGCUUACCUGCCUUAACCUGAAUGGGAACCAUCUUCAAUCCAUACCUGCAGAGAUUGGAUGUCUCCGGGGGCUACAGGUCCUCAGUCUUGAGAAAAAUCAACUCACAGAGCUUCCUGAAACACUGGGGUCUUUAACGGAGCUUCAUUGCCUGGAUAUCAGCCACAACACAUUUAAACACAUACCCAGUUUCAUAAGUAAACUAGUGAGACUAGAAGAGCUUCAUUUAUCCCAUAACGUGAUACAACUCAUACCACCAGAGAUCUCCAGACUAAAACUGCUUCUGAUACUGGAUAUCAGUCAUAACAACUUGCCUUUCAUCUGUGAUGAAGUGUUCUCACUGUUCCAAUUAAAGUGGUUAAAUGCCAGUGCUAACAAGUUGGAAAUGUUACCAGAAAAGAUCGGUCAUUUGGUCAACUUGGAGACGCUGGACGUCAGUAGUUGUUCUUUGACCUGUCUACCUGGUGCCCUAGUGAACUGCUCCAAGCUGUGUUCCCUUCUAGUCAACAGUAACAAACUAAGCUUUUUGCCGUGUAGACUGGGGCUGGUAUCCUCCAUUUCUCGGCUGGAAGUGAUUGACAACCAACUGAGUUAUCUCCCUUAUACGCUCUCUAACCUACAGGGUUCUAUACUGCUCAAAGCUCAAGGAAAUCCACUAUUAGUUGAGACCAGCUACCGUGCCAUGAGCCGGACCAUUUCCAAGGGAGAUAACUGUUUUCCCAGGCUCCUAGAUCUGGUUGGAAGGGAGAUAAUCAAACGACACAUUCCACUAGACACAGCAUUGCCUCUUCACCUGAAAGACAUGUUGCAGAAUGCUGGCUGCUGUAGCAUAUGUCAGAGUCCUGUGUUUGAAGUUCACGAGGCAGAGAUUGUUCCUGUCACCUUUAACCCCUACAGCUUCACUGUCCCACUCCUAAAACAAGUCUGCUCUCAACAUGUUGUUUAGGCCACAUAGUCCACAGUUGUUAGGCGUUUUGGAAUUUUAGAGCAUUUUGUUCAUGUGGUGUUAGUUUGUUCUUAUUUCUUUUAGCUCGAUUGUGACUACAGCUGAUUUUUUAAAGAAUCACUCUCGAGUCCGUUUCCUGGGUAAAAACCAGUACUGUGUCCAUUUUGAAAGGCCUUGGGAAAGUACCCCUGGUGGGGAUCGAAUCUACAACCUCUUGGGUGAGAGGUGGACACCUAUACUAUUAGACCACUCUCUCCCUUAUGUGGUGAUGCUAAUGUAAAAAGGCCAUAUCAUUGAAAUAAUUCAAAAAAGUAUGACAUUAAAAUAUAGAAUAUUUUGGAACCAUCUGCCUUUAACCACUAUGAUUAUCUUAAUUAUUUGGCAUAUAAGCUGAACUAGUAUUGAUUUUUUUGUUGUUCUUCUUACUUGCAUGUGAAAGAAUUAUUUUAGAAGCUAUUCUCUUCAAAUCAAAUUUAUAUCAAAAUCGGCCCCGAUUAUUGUUGGACAGGAUUAUAUUUUAGUGGAUGCUCUGACAUGCCUUGGGGUUGAUUUACUGCAUUUUGUUACCAUGACAAAGUGGAUGCACACACAGCGUGGUCAGCCUACAUUUAAUCGAGAUCCACUCCUACUUUUUUUCUCUGCGUGUGUUACAUUUUAGAUGUCAAUCAUCAUUGCCACACAACCAUUCUUUGGUGCUUAAUUUUUCAUUUUAACUUUUUAGCCCAACAGGUGGGAGCAGGUCUUAAGAAGAAAAAUCAAAAUCUUGUGUUUUACAUCAUGUUUCCUAUCUACCAGCACAAUCACAUUCAUGAAUUAUUUAUCAUUCUUGCACAGGAGAACGGCAUUUCCAGUGAUUUUACCUGUGCUGAAGAUUUUUGUCUGGAUCUGUUAUUCCCUGUUAAGCCAUACCCCAUACCAGUUUAGUCAUCCACAGCAUCGUGCCUCUUCUUAUUUCCUUUACUGUACGUUUUACGAGUAUAAGUGGCAAUCCUUGAAAGAGGCUAUAAUAUGCACGUGCCAUCGGGUCAGUUUUUUCAGUCUGACCAGUAACACAUGACAGAUAUUAUCAAGACUGAGCUGAUUAUGUAAAACAUGCUUGCACUACUGUAAAAAUAGAUAUUACUUGGGUGCACAUAUUUAUACCGUAACUGUUUGAUGUCUGAGAAAGAACUUUUUGUUUUGUUUUUAUUAUUUUUGCAUUUUAUUUAUAGAAAAGUAACCGUCUUCUGAAGUUACCUUUUAAUUGUAGCCUUUUAAAAUGAGAAUGCAUUAUUUUUAUCACAACUUACAAAUAUUCCUAGUUCAUUAUCAUUUUACAUACAGUUUCCAUUUUAAAUUCAGGACAGAAAAGGGACCAGAUUUUUUGUUAAACUGCAUUGUUUUCUCUUGCAUUAAAACAUGCCUUAUCUACCUGUAUGUGUUAUGAAGUGUCACUUUUAUGGAUUUAUCACCAGGAUUUUAUGUAUGUUGGAUUUAUAUUUUUAUUUAUGAACGUGUGUUAACAAACAUGACAUUAUUUUUUGUUUGGAGACUAUUAAUUAAUUGCUAGAUUUUCAUCCCUGCCUCUUUCUUCCUCCCCUUAAAAUUUAUUGACUCAAAUAAAAAUGUUGAACUAGGAUCUGUUCUGUCCGGGAACGGCGUUUGUUACGAUGGUGUUUGUCUAGAAACACAUGUAUAUGGUCCCUUAUGCCAUAAGAAAGAGCAUGAACACAUAUUUAAUGGCGAGGCAGUCAUCUAGGAAUGUAACCUCGCCCCCAUAUAAAAAGAAUGGAUGAAAAUCUUGCAAUCAAUUUAUCAGUUGUAAUUUAAGAAGUAAAUAUAAUAGUAACUGCACCACUACCCGAGUUAGUGAAAUAAUAUACGAGCAUGGAGCGACAGUUGUAUCAUUUUAAACACGAGGGUAGUGGGUGUUGUAUGUGUUUUGUACCACAUUGUCAAGGGCAGCGUUCAAUACGUAGUGUGCGUAUAAGUGAAUUUUGUUGUAAUCUAUUCACAUGCUACUAAUUGCUGCUGAUAUAAGAAGUAAUUAAUGAACGCGAAAAAAAGAUAGCAGUUUUCCAAUUUGGUACAAAUUUCAAAAAGGGAAUGUAUUGAAAUGUGUUUCCGUAGAGAAUUUGUGUAAAAAAUAUUUUGUAUGGUUAUCAUUUCAAUGAAAUCUUUAUGACUACAUCAUAACAUGUACUUACAUUGUAGAUGGUGUGAUCAUUGUAGAUUCCUUCGCAACAUUCUACUCUAGCACACUAAAUGUCAACUAUAGAAGAUAAACUUAAUGUCAUCUGUAGAAGAAACACCUUAUGUAUUUAAUAUAAGUUAUACUUAAUGUCAACUAUAAAGAAGUUAGUUCCAACUGUAUAAAUUAAUAUAACAUCUCUCUAGUAGAUCAAACAUAGUUUAGUCCACAGAGUGUUAAUUUGGUAUUUUCAGUUGCCGUAAUAUUUCAUCAUAGAAGUUAAGAACAUGUAUUUAACUGUUUAACUGUUUUUAUGACUAUGUGAUCCAGAAUUCUAGUCAUAUAUUGGUGCCUUUGAUAUCCAUAAAUGUUUUAUAUUGAUAUUUCAUAUUUAAUUAUUUAUUGUAAUCUCAUUUUAAGUUGUACAUGUAUGCAAAACAAAAUGUAGCUGCAGUGAAUUUUGUAAAAUUGCUUCUUCAUUAUUUCAAAACACUGUACUGUGUUUUAUGUCAUUAUUUUUACUUUUGUCAAAUGUGCUUUUGCCAUUGUUGAGCUCGUACACAAAUAUGUAUGGAAUAGAAAGAAAAUAUAUCAAUGCUGUGUUGGUCUUUUAUUUUUCAUUUUUUAACUUGUCUGUUUUCGCAAAUUGAAAUGGUAUGGCCAAAGGUUUAGUGAUAUCAGCAGGGGGCAUUUAGUCUUGUGCCGUAACUGAUAACCAACUGAAGAAGAAUGCCCAAGAUCCUGUCUGGAUGCAGGAACGGUAAUUUUCAGACUAUUUUUAUUAAGUCAAGGGCCAUAACUCUUGUUAGAUUAACUGAAAUACCACUCAAAUUGCAGAUACACAAUUUCCAAUGCUGACCAACAUGCCUAUGAUCUUUCCCUGUCCAAGUAUAGUAUUAAUGCAUUACUUUUGGAGCUGCAUGGGACACAACAAAUUUCAGGGACCAAGCAAUGUGACGGACACAUAGGCAUUAGUAAACCUACCUAUGGAUAUAAUAAGGACUGAGUCAUGUGACUGGCAAGUCCCAUAACUAUGACUAAAAUGUAUCUCCAGUUAUACCGAUUGCAUAACUAUCGAGUAAAAAUUAAUGAGAACAAGCAUACAUUUGCCCUGCACAUAACUGCACGAGUUCUCUGAAAAAUUAAUGAGCGUAAGCAUGCGUUUGCCAUGCAUGUUACUGUGAAGGUUGUCUAGAAAGUUAGCAAAACAUUGACAUAAAAAUAAAUGUUGAAAAUGUAAAUUGUGCAAAUUAAGUUCAAUGCAAACUGAAUCAAUAGUAGAAAAUUGGUGUAUUUUAUAAAACGCUGCCAAUUAAUAUUCUGGUAU